AGUGCGGCCGCGGCGCUCCGCCGGCGCGCACUGCGCCGCCCGCCUUCUAUACAACCUCUCCAUACUCCGAGUUAACUGAACGUUCUGUGUAUUUAGUACAAGGUGUGGUGCAUUGUCGGUCAAGUGUGUAGUGAUCGGGGACAAUGAUUGUUGAAAUACAAGAGGAGGUUAGAGGAAAGAGGCCUUUCAAGAUAUGGGACAGUUCUCGGAACGUGAGGAAGGGGCUGGUGGUCACUAGCUUUGAAGAGUUAAUACAUAGAGGUAAGGAGAAGUUGUCAGUAGCUGCGAGUGAGCCGGUGCGGCUGGUGCUAGAGAGUGACGGCACGCAGGUCGAAGACGGCGAGUACUGGCGUACGCUACCACCCAAUACCGUACUGCUGCUGCUGCGCCAGGGCGAGCGAUGGUAUCCCACAGGAGUCGACGUCAUCAAGGCCGCAAUAUCAGCAAUCCCCAAAAUAGUAUGCGAGACGAUCCACGCGCUCGAGUUACACGAUGAGACGCCUUCAUGGAAGAUCAUGGACAACAAGGGGCGCGUCACGGUGGUGCUGCAUUGGGACCAGCGGCCCGCGGCGUCGCCGGCCGCGCGCUCACCCUCGCGGCAAGCCAAGCCGGACCGACGGCCCUCGCUCGUGAUCCAGACGUCGCUGGACCGGCCGCAGCCGCCGCCGCCACACAUCACUGUCGUGAACCACGACGAGCCGGGCCCCGCGCCGCGCCGACUGUCGCGCGGGCCCGGCUCACUCGAGCACACGCCGGGCGGCGUGCACGUGCAUACGUCCGAGUGCCGCGCCGCGCCCGCCUCGCCUGCGCCGCACCCGCCACACGCACGGCCACCGCCAGACGAGUGCGACUUCCAUUGCUGCGCGCUACAUGAGGAAGGACGCCGGAUCGCCGUACACAAAAGCGUCGCUACCUCGCCCAUACAGGACGCGCAGCCUCGCGCCUCACCACAGGGCCGACCGAAAGGCCACGUGCGCUUCCUAGAUGCAGAAUCGGCUCGACGAGGUGACCGCGACUCGUCUGAGAGUGAAACAGAAAACACACUCGUUGAAGACGAGGCGGUCACAUCGGAGAAGUUCUUGCUGUUGAUUGACCAACUGAGCGUGGACCAAAAGCGACACCUCACCAUAAAGGACAUCGGCAUCAUACUGGAACGGCUCAGCUCAAAGAUCCUAGACGUGGAGCGGCUCGACCGCGAAUCAGAGUCGGACGACUGUUACAACUGGACGAUUAAGGCGACGAUCAGAGGCGACGCGCUGAGAGAGCUCGGCGUCAUAUACAAUGGCAACUACUACGCCAUCAGCGAACACCCGGGCUACCGGGAGGAGAACGAGGAGGCGGGAGACGAGGGCGAGGAGGAGGAGGAAGAGGACAGACUCUGAUCGGGCCUGUGCGGCGCCGCCGUGCCCGCCGCCGCCGCCGCCGUGCGCCACGCGCUGUGCCGCAUCGCCGCGCGCUGACGGCUGCGAGCCUCGAGCGCCGCACCGACCCCCGCGCCCCCGGCGCACACACCGCGCACAUACCCACAGAGUGAGUGACAGAGCUGCAGCGUGAACGGCUCGGCUCGGAUCUCAAUCCGCUGUGAACGAUUAGAGACUUAUAUAUAAAAUUGAAUGCGGCGCGACCUCUCGCCCCGCGGUGCGAGGCGCGCCGACGCGACUUAGGUAAUAAAUAGCGAAAUUAUUAUAAGUAAAACUGACUUCCUAUCGUUUUCUAAGGUGAUCGUUUAAGUGUACGCGCCGGUGCACAGACGGGCGCCAGCCGACAGCGCCGGCCGCUUACGCCGACCCCUCAUAUUAGCGUAAUGUGUAUUAUAUUCCGAUGUCAGCGGAACACAAUAACUGCACAAAUAUUUAUCAUCGAGAUUGUCGUCGUAUGUUCUUAGGUAAAUAAUAAAUUGUACACGAGCGCGUUGGCGACGAUUCACUGUGUGACCGCGAGCCAGCACUCCGACACGUGUCCGGCGCCCGGCACCCGGCGACCGCUCUCGCUUGCUCAACCACCUUCAUUCUACUCACACUCGAGACUGGCCUAAUGCAUCGAGGAAUAUGUAUUGUAUGGAUCACAUUGCACAAUCGACAUUCAUAUUAACUGUUAAUAACACCACUUUAGGCGUGAAAGAUGCAAAUAAAACAAUAAAGUUAGUGACUUGGCACGGCCGCGCGGCUGUCGGACGCCGGGCCGGUCGCCGGACGCCGGUGCCGCAGCGUCACGGCACUGCGCGUGCGCACAGACUAUAAACAAUAAUGUUAUGUAAUCGAAUGAGGUUAGACGGAGGCGGUGCGUUACAGAACCGUGUGAUGUUACUCGCAGAAUUUGAUUCGAGUUCACUGUAGUCAAUAAAGAGAUGGUUUGUCAGCGCUGGACGACAAUUCCGUGUAGCUAGGGCGAUGUUUCAGAGAGAGCACAUAACAUUAUACAUAUAUAUAAUAGAUAUAUAAAUUAUAUUAAUAAAUUCAAUGUUAUAAAAAGAGGUUGUAACUAAAAUACGAAUCCUUUAUACCGCCAUCGCAUCAAGUCAUCAUGCCAAAAUGGGUAUUUGUAGUGGGUAAGUUGAUUCUUGUAUUUAUUAGCUCUAUGAUACAGUAGUGUUGUGGGAUGUUUUUGAUUUUUGUAUAGUGUCGAUGCGUGAAACGGAACACGCAAUAAUGUAUGAUAUAUGAAAUGUAAUAAGUUUUACGGCUCCGCGGAGGCCACCAUCAAAUGUAUAGAUAAUUAAGGUGUAACAUUAAUGACGACCGAGCGCGCCGCCUCGCUCCGGGCCGCUGCGCAGCGCGCGUCUCUACGACGGGUUUGGUUUCGCCUCCCGUUCAUUCUGGAAUACGGUUCAUGAAGUUGCCGCUACCUCAUAUUUUAGUGCAUUUGGUUUUGUUAUAGCAACGUUUGUUUACGCAAAUAUAUUUUGCAUAAUAUUUUCAUGAGCCGUCUCGCAUUCCAUGUUGAUGUUUUGAAUGUUAAAGUUAUUGUUUAAAAGUUUGAUAUUGUGAUUUGCCCUCGAGUUAAUUAUUUUCAAGUUAUUCUCGCUGUUAAGAUGGUAAGACUAAAGUUGAAAUAUUGUAAGAAAUAAAAUCGUGGCCGAGUUACGAGCGUCGUACAUUUGGAUGUCUUUUUGCUCUACAAUUUGAUUAUCGGUUCAUAACGGACUGAUAACUGAAUCGCCUUUGAAAUUCAUUGCGGCAGAACUGUAUGUUUCAUUGUAAGUUGCAUUUUCGGGUAUAUGGAAUUUAUAUGAAGAAAUGGUGUGAAAUUUUGUGGCAGGGCGCAGGCUGGAUGUGAGCUUUGAGAUGUAUGAUACGAAUAAUACUUAUGUACAUUGCCAUUUUAAAAGCAAAAACUAUAUUACACCAAGUGCACGAAAGAUUUAAAACAGUCAUCUUAUUAAUUGUUAAGAGAUUCGUCACGACAGACAUGAUAAUUUUGGGUGGCUUCGGUUUAAAAGGCGUAAGAUGUAGGCAAGAGACUAUGGUGAUGUUCACAUCCAGCCUGCGCUUGAAGCUAUCGAUCGCAGGUGUGUUGAAAAGACGGUGAAAUUUCUUUUCUCGCUGUCUAAAUCAUUCGCUUAAUUCGUUUUGUACAGCUAAUGGUGAGUCUAUGGGAUUACGAUCCGUUACGCACAUUAUUAUAUUGUCUAGUUAAUGAAAACGUUCCGUUUUUAAUAUUUUUAUGUGCAUAGGAGUAAUUAAUAAAUUGUAUAAAGUAUUAUUUGGGGUCGAGCGCGGACGAGUCGCGUUUAAUCGAUCGGGGAUUUGGGCGUUACAUAAUCCUUAACAUCUUUCAAUAUGCUUUAAAUGUUUGAGUGAAACGGAACGGACAAGAUGGCUAUGCGGAGAUGGGCUUGUGAGCUUAGUACGAGUAAGGGAAGGCAAUUUUGUAUGAAGUAUUUGAUAGAUAAGCAUUUUUAUGAAUGAAUAUUAUGCAACUUUGAGAUGUUAAUGAAUCGGUGGUAAAGUAAGUUUUUGAUAUCGAUUGAAAAUGAUUGAUAGGUUAUAUCGAUUCUUGAAUUAAAAUUCAUGCUGUCAACGUUUAGAACGAAUAUUUACUUUAAAUGUGUGGCUAAUCAAUAUUGCUAAAGAUAAAGAACCGUUUAUAUUGAAUGAAACUAAUUUAUGAUAACUUUGCACAUGACGAUUGGAAAGUAGGGUAGUUCGUGGCAGCUGUAGAGAUAUAAAUCGAAUUGAAACGGUCCCGUGUGACGAGGAAUAUGUUGGGAAGCAUUUGCUAUUUGAAAGUAAUCUUUAUGUAACGCCUAAUUCCUUUGCGAUGGUGUACAAAUGAUAAUGUUGCGCGGUCCGUCAACAGUGGCGUCUACAGGACUAUUUUCGCGUUUAUGUCAAACUAACUACUGUUUAACAAUCGAUUCUACUCACAAUAAAUCGAUAUAUUGAAGACUUGAAAUGUCAUCAAAAGAAUGCUUCAGUGUUAAAAAGAUUACAUCAAUUACAGCCUAUACAUUGAAUAUACUUUAUUGAUAAUUAAUGGAGUAGGCAACGCUGAAUAGUCCUGUGCGGUGCCAAAGAGCACUAGAUGCCUCAUAAUAGUUAACUGACUGACAUAAUUAUUAAGUAUCAUCUACAACAACUGUUGAACGCUGCCGUAACAAUAUUAUCGUCAGGAAUGUGAAAUGGUGGGUCAGUAUCGAUUCUUUAUCGGAUUCUAUUUGUACGAAUAAUCGAUUUAAGACCAUGUUUGUCGCAAGAAACGUGAAGAAUUCGAAGAUAAAUGGUUGGUAAUGCAUGUAGCAUUUUUAUAAUAAUGUACUAAUUAAUCUUCAAAAUGAAGGCUUAGUUACGCGAAAGCAAUGGUACGCCAGUUAUAACGGGGUUUUAGAGAUGUGGCUCAAUGUCGAUAGUCGAUACGACGGCCACCGUU